UUGUACUUUAUUUUUUUUUUUCUAUCAUUCAUUAAUAAAUAUUACAACUCUUUCUCUCUCUCUUUCUCUCUCUUUCUGUCUCUUUCUAGAGACGCUAUCUCUGUCAUUCCUUUUUUUUCUGUCAAUAAUAUUUAAUCUUUUUUUAAACCUUUCUCCCUUUCUUACCCUCCCUCUCUCCUUCUCUCGCUCUCUCCCCUCCCUCUCUCUCUCUCUCUCUCUCUUUCUCUCUCUUUAUCUUUUAUUCAUUGCAAAUAAUGGUUGUAAAAAUUUCAAAGAAAAUUGUAAAAUUUCCCAUUCGUUAUUUUAAUUUAUUCUUACAAAAAUAUUAU